AUGACCUAUGUUACGGACCGGACCAAUUUGUGUAUAAUAUCCGAUAGGCAUCGUGGGAUACAAUCAUACUUCGAUGACACUGAACAUAAGGGCUACUUGCAACCGCCAUUAGUCCAUCACCGGUAUUGCCUCCGCCAUUUAGUAAGCAAUGUUAACACUAACUUCAAUAGUGUGGCAUUGAAGAACUCGGUAUGGAAGGCAGCAACUGUAAAUCAAGUUAAGAAGUUUGAAAACACCAUGGAUUGCAUCAAGAAUGUCAACCCGGAUGCAUACAAGUAUCUUAAGGAGGUAGCUGAAGAAAAGUGGACACUUGUACAUGACUAUGGGCACCGAUAUGGGGCAAUGACAACCAACCUGUCAGAGUGCUUCAAUGUGGUACUUAAGGGCGCACGUAGCUUGCCCAUAACUGCAAUGGUUCACUUCACAUUUUACAAGGUGAACUUGUACUUUAACGAUCGUCGAAACAAAACACUAGAGCAGUUGGAAGAGGGGCAAGAGUGGUGCAAAUAUGCCUAUGACAAGUUUGAGGCAAAUCAAGAGAAGGCAAAGUUCCAUAUGGUUAGAAGGAUGAGCACGCAACAGCGCUUAUAUACAGUGGAGACACAAUCUUCACUGUUCAACACUGGCGGGGGAGCUCACACCCAUUGGGUUUCCCUCAUGGACAGGGCAUGCACGUGUGGGAAAUGGGAAGCAAACAAGAUCCCUUGUUCACACUUGAUAGUAGUUUGUGCCAAGUACAAGCACGAUUGCACGGAGUUUAUGGAUCGUUUCUACCGCAUGGAAGAACGGUAUCACAGCUACGAGCCGAUAUGCCAACCACUGAAAGAUAGGUUAGAAUGGCCAGAGCUACAAGAAAGGAGAAUAGUGAUGCCAAACCCAAGGUUGAUCCAUGAGAAAGGUCGGCCUAAGUCCACAAGAAUCUGCAAUGAGAUGGAUGACGAGGAUAGGGAGUUACCAACCUGA